AUGAAUAUCAAUAACGAAACGAAGAGAGUUGGUAAAACUAGCCCAGCAUCCAGAAAAAAAGAGAAGGUAGUGGAGCUCAUAGAGGUGGACGGGAAAAAAGUGAGUAAGACUUCUACUGGGAAGCGAAAGUUUCACAACAAGUCAAAGAACGGUUGUGAUAAUUGUAAAAGAAGAAGGGUUAAAUGCGAUGAAGGUAAACCGGUCUGUCAAAGAUGUCUAAAUAUGAAGCUGGAAUGCGUUUAUACGCCAGUUCAACCAAGAAGAAAGAAGGAUUUCUCAAAAAGCAAAUUCGAAACUAGGCACAAUGAUGAGAGAGAGAACACCAGCAAUGAGGGCGAUGACUCGAUGAAAUCAGCUGAUGAAUCGAGUGAUAAUAGAGAUGCAGAAUAUGGUAAGAUAAACAGCAGACACAGUAGCUGCAGUAGCUGUAAUCACGCCUCGGCAAUAAAGACUGAGGGACACGAUGAGUCCAAUUCUUUCGACCCUAAUAAUGUAAAACUGAAUCAGUCGAAAUCAGACAUCAAUGAUCUGAAAAAUAAGUCGACGUUGUCUAAGUUAGGCUCUCCAGAAAGACGUCCAUCAUCGUUAACUCCUGGAAAAGGUGUAAUGGACGGCUUACUGCUGCCUAAUCCGAUACCUGAGGUCAUCAAUGGUCAUCAAAACCAACAACAGCAUCUGCAGCAGCAAACGCAACAGCAGCUACAGGCACAAAAACUACAACAAAAACAACAGCAACAACAACAACAACAACAACAGCAACAACAGCAACAACAGCAGUUCUUAUUACUUCCCCAACUGAUGACGCUGUCAAACUCCGAAAAAUAUGUUGCAUUUGACCUACCAAACAGUCCGUCUUUUCAGCCUGCUGGCAUGAAUAUUACAAAUAGUAUUGGUAGCAUAUUCUCUCCCAUAAGGUUCCCUUCAGCGACGGCAGUACAGCAUCAACCGCUUUCUCAACCGCAUUCUCAGCCGCUGUCACAGUCGCAAUCACAAUCACAGUCGCAAUCACAAUCACAAUCGCAAUCGCAUUCAUCUCAUCAACAGCCGCUACCUCAUUCUCAGCAAGAUAUUUUACAACAGCAAAACCACACACAAUCUCAUACUAAUGGCUUGCUUCAGAAUCAUAUUCCCACAAACAAUCUAUCAUUUCAAGCAGAAUCACUUGCUCAGUUAAACAAGGCGAGUAUGAAUCUAAAAGCAAUGGGAAGCUUUCCUACAGCAGGCAUCGGUGGUGUGACAUACGAUUUUCAAGAACUUUUGGGAAUCAAAUAUCAUGCAAAUAGUCAAGCUGCUAAAGCCAGUUCCGCAGAAGAGGCAUUGGCAAAUAUGCAGGAGCAGCAAGAAAAUGCUAGGAAAAACGAGGUGAGGCAAGAUGGAAACAUAAAUCAUGCAGAGGAAGGGCCAUCUGAUAUGAUGCAAAGCCCAAACCUAGCAGGUAAUCCAACUAUACUAUCCAUGGCACCAAUUACACCCAUUGCUAAAAAUGAAAUGAACACUUCUGGAUCUUCACCUUCUGCUGCUGCGGUUGCUGGUAGAGUAGAUCUUGAAGAACCAACUACAAAAAGCCAAGGAAUGAACAAAACACAGACACAGGAAUCUGCUACAACCAACGACUCUUCCCAAAAUGGUAUGAUAGCCAAAUUGACCCAAUUAUCGAAUCAGGGAAGUCUCAAUUUAGUUGAUUUAAAAUUAUUUCAUCAUUAUUGUACUAAAGUCUGGCCAUCAAUAACAGCAGCAGAAAUUUCGGGGUUAGAAGUAUGGAGCACAGAUAUUCCUGAGCUGGCAUUCGAAUAUCCAUUUCUAAUGCAUUCGUUAUUAGCUUUCAGUGCUACUCAUCUCUCCCGAACAGAGCCGGGAUUGGAGCACUAUGUAUCAAGCCACAGACUCGAUGCAUUGAGAUUAUUGAGACAGGCUGUUUUGGAGAUUUCGGAAGAUAAUACGGAUGCACUAGUUGCUAGUGCACUAAUUCUUAUAAUGGACUCUCUGGCGAAUGCUUCAAGUUCAAAUUCUUCUAGUGCUAAUUCGAUGUCUCCUUCAGCAUGGAUAUUUCAUGUUAAGGGUGCUGCCACUAUUCUAACUGCCGUGUGGCCAUUGACUGAAAAAUCAAGAUUCUAUAAUCUAAUAUCGGUCGAUUUGAGUGAUCUUGGCGAUGUAAUAAACCAAGAGAGUGGUACAGUUUCUGAAUUAGUUUGUUUUGACGAAAGUAUAGCAGAUCUAUAUCCUGUGGAGAUAGAUUCGCCGUACCUCAUAACACUAGCAUAUCUUGAUAAGUUGCAACGUGAAAAGAACCAAUCCGAUUUUAUAUUGAGAGUAUUCGCUUUCCCUGCUUUGUUGGACAAGACAUUCCUUGCACUAUUGAUGACCGGUGAUUUAGGUGCCAUGAGAAUCAUGAGAAGCUACUAUAAACUACUAAGAGGAUUUACGACAGAAAUGAAAGACAAAGUCUGGUUCUUGGAAGGUGUGUCACAAGUGCUGCCACAGGAUGUGGAUGAAUAUAGUGGUGGUGGCGGUAUGCAUAUGAUGUUGGACUUUCUUGGUGGUGGGCUGCCAUCCAUGACAACCACAAAUUUAUCUGACUUUAUGUAA